UUUUAUGCAGGAGCGCCGGUAAUGUUUAUCAUGCAGUUCAUACUAACUAACGCCAUGUUCUCCCGCCUGGCAUCGGUAUGCGCCUAUUGCUUCCUGGGCCUCACGAAUGCCCUACAGUUCGGCGAGUGCACCAAGCAGCUCCAACAUUGGCACGAACCAUCCGUGUGCGCGUCGGAGCAGCUGACAGAUUUAAUCGGGAUUGAGUGGGUUCUCCACCGGCACCAGGAGUUAUCCCGCAUCCAUGCACAGAUGGACGCUAUCUUCGCCCCGGCCACCCUGUUCUACUGUACUACCGAUGUAACCAUGCUGAUAUUCCUGCUGAACUUUGUGUUCAAUUUUAAAAUGGACACCGCACUGGGAUUGUACUCCAUGGACCGGGAAGAACACCGCUUUUUGUUCCUCAUCGGCGGAAUUGGAAGUGUGCUACUACUGCUGAUUAAAGUGGGCGUAUCGUGUUUCCUUCACGAUCAGGCGCAUUCGGUGGUUCCGAUUCUGUACCGUCUUCUGCACAGCAUGGAGAAUUCCGCCGUAACACUAGUCGAGGAAAGGUCAACUAAACGCUGGAAAGCGCUGUGCACGCUGACGGUGCAGCGUUUACGCGAUUAUCCCAUCGAAUUCUCGGGAUGGGGACUGUUUACUCUCAACAAACAGCUGAUUGUCACCAUAGUCGGAUUGUCCGUAUCGUACUUGUUGGUAAUGAGUGAGAUGGUAAAGAAAGACGCCCACAUCUGCAACGGCACCUCCAUUACUUUGACGGGAAAUCUCGCUUAACGCCACCGAAGACAAGAUCCUAAAAGAGAACGAUGUAUUCAGUAUACCUGUAGACACUGACGUAAUGAUUGCGAAGCUUCUCACAAAUCUGUUUUAUUUGAGUUUUAUUUCGACAAAAGCCAGUACAUGUAUACGGUACAUGACGACAUGCCUGCGCUGA